UAAAAAAACACUUCGCACGCCUUAUUAGAAAAGGAGAGCAGACUUAGAAACGCAAAACGCCAACAGACCUAGACUUUGGCGACGGAAAGAAGACAGCCAGACGGAAGAACAGUUCAGCGCACGGCGGACGACGUUCCAGCGCACGGUGGACUACGUUCCAGCGCACGGCGGACGAUGUUCCAGCGCACGGCGUUCGAGCCGCGGACGGCGUUUGAGCAGUGGAAGGCAUUCGAGCGGCUUUCGAGUAGGCGAACCUUCCUUUUCAGACUUGGGCUAAAGUUUGUAUUCAAGUCAAGCUUUGACAAAACUAAUCGCACUUCCUCCAAAUCAUUCCGUGGUCCUGGCAUGUAUGAAGGUUUGAAGAUCCUUGAAAGGGUGAAAACAAUUUAUGAUGUACCCGUGGUGACUGAUGUUCAUGAAAGCAUUCAGUGUGAAGCAGUGGGGAGGGUUGUUGAUAUAAUUCAAAUUCCUGCUUUCUUAUGCCGGCAGGUAUCUACACCGCUUGUGCAUAUCCAGAAAUAUUGGUCAUGUGCAUAUUCAUUGAUCCACAGACCAUUCAAGGAGUAGGCAAUUCUGUAAAUGAGGUGCAAAUGUAUAUAUCUACAAGAUUAAAUGAAGGCGGAAAGCAAUGUUACUUGGCUCCUUAUCACUACUAGAAUCAUUGACAGCUCUUUAUUCUCUCUCCUGUCCAAAACACUAUUGUCUUCUUGUGUUCUUUGGGGAAUAAGCCAAACACUAUUGUCUUCUUUUGUUCAAAAGAUAUUGAUGAAGUACGAACUCGUUGGGCAUCAUAUUUCUUAUAAAUGACGCAAUCCAUCAACGACACAUGAUGAACGUGUUUGUUUAAGUUUUUGAGUGAUGAUGAAACUUGUAACUUUAUACAAUGUGUAAAUACUCUAGAUUUGUGUAAGGAUUGUUUUAUUUUAGCUUAUUAUUAUUAUGUACUACGUUGUUACUUGAACUUGUUUAACAUUUGUGGAAGAAUUGAAAAAUAGCUUGUGUUAUUGUUUUAUAUGGAUCAAGUGAACAUGUGAAA